UGUCCGGGAGCGGCGGAGCCCGGCGAGGACAGCCAGGCCGCGGGCACCCGGCGCCGCUCCCCGGCGGGCGAGGCUCGGCAAGGCUCGCACGGCUCUGCACGGCAGCCCCGCGGAGGGCGACGGCCCGGCCCGCCGGUGGAUGCCCGGCGCCCGGCAUGGAGCAGGCCUGCGAAGUGAGCCGCCGCAGCUGCCUCGUCCCCUUCGGCACCUCGCUGUCGGCCGCCGAGCCCAAGGGCGGCCCCUUCGGCGAGGCCCGCGGCCCCGAGCCGCCCGCCAUGCAGCUGGCGGCCGCCAAGCCCGGUUACGGCCAGGACCCGUCGUCCUGCUACAUCCCGCUGCGCCGGCUGCAGGACUUGGCUUCCAUGAUCAACGCCGAGUACCUCGGCGGUGCCGCCGACGGCGCUGAGGCCCUGCCCGACCCUGGCUCGCCGGGCCCCCGCCUGCCUGCGGCGCAGGACCCUGCGGCCGAGGUGCCCCGCGGGGCUCGGGCCUUCCCCCUGCUCCUGCGGGACGGAGGAGAGGAGGCACUGGAGGAGGAGGAGGAGGAGGGCGCCGAGACUCCGGAGGAGGAGGAGGACGACGACGACGACUACGACGACUACGACUACGAGGAAGAGGAGGAGGACGACGACGACGAGGAGGAGGCGGCGACAGAGCCCGGCCCGCGGAGCCGCGGCCGCUCAGCUCCGCAGCGGGGCCCCGACAGCCGCCUGCAACCGGCCGAGUCCGUGCCGGACGGCGGCCCCGGGGAGCAGCCGGAGUCCUCGGCGGCCCUGCAACUCAUCCAAGCCAAGAAGAAACCUCCAGUGAAGUAUGAAGUUGGGGAUCUUGUUUGGGCCAAGUUCAACAGACGCCCAUGGUGGCCAUGCACAAUUUGUCAUGACCCAGUGCUGGACUGUCACUCAAAAAUGAAAGUUUCCGGUCAGAGACCAUACCGAGAGUACUAUGUGGAUACCUUAGGAGAACCUUCAGAGAAAACCUGGGUUCCUGGAAAAGCUGUUGUCCUCUUUGAAGGGAGACAUCAGUUUGAAGAGCUGCCUGUUCUCCGGAAAAGAGGAAAGCAAAAGGAAAAAGGAUACAAACACAAGGUUCCUCAGAGAUUUAGGGCUAAAUGGGAAGUCAGUGUUGGACAGGCAGAAGACAUUCUUCUUGGGGGGCCAGAGGAUCAGAAGUGCAGCCAGAACUCCAGCGAGCCGGACAGCGAGAAGGACGUGCAGCUGGAAUACUACACCAAUGGCCCUGGAGCAGAAAGGGACACGCAACUGAACGGCUGCUUAAAAUCCUUGGCUUUUGACUCCAGACACGUGGCCAGUGAAAAAGGAAAAUUGCACAUCAAGCCACAGGUGAAAACAACCUCUGAAAGCAGAAAAAGGACUAGAGUAAAAAAGAGUGGCGCCAGCGGGGAAGAAUCGAGGGAAGAAAUCAAAGACAAAACACCAGAGAGCGUAGUUAGAAACGUGAUUGUUGGGGACCUGCCAGAGAAACACGCGUCUCAGGAGCUUCGCCGGAUUGCCAACAGCCUGACAGCGUCCAGUAGCACCAGGGAAAACCAUUUGCUGUCCUCCUUUGGAGAAAGACGUUUUGAGAAGACACCUCUAAAACCAGACUAUGAGAAUCGUAAAAGUGAUGCUCUGAAAAACACCCUCCAAGGAGAUUUGUUUUCCAGCCCAUGUUUUGAGAGAGAGAAGAGUUCCCUGGGCAUUUUGUGCAGUUCCAAAUUACAAAUACACUAUUCUGCUUCUGAUGCUGGUGUUGAGAAAAAACAAACUGAAUCAGAUUCAUCCUCUUCCCUCUCUGAUGAUGGGAACAGUGAUGUAGAUACCAUGGACCAAAGUUCAGAGAGAGCCUCUAGUACUCUUGAAGUUAGUGAUUCUUCAGAUAAAGUGGAGAAGGACUUUCCUAUGACAUCAAGUGGAAACAUUAAACUUUCGAUGUAUCUUUCUCAGAAGAGCAGCAGAAGGGCCAGGAAGAAGGCGCACAGAGAUCGCAAAGCUCUGGGAGGUUCAGUAACCAACAGACUUGAUGCUGAAUUUGCAGAUGGGGAGCUUGAAGUAGGAUUGUCUGAUGCUGAGAUGUCAUUGACACCUCUUGAGUGCUCUUCAGAUGUGAGAAAUUACAAUCUUUCCCUAGCAAACAAGCACACUACCCCCCAAAGUGUUUCCAAGGACAGCUCCUGGCCUGCUGUUACAAAUCAAGCAAUCUUGAAACCGAAAAGCAUGAAAUUACCUGGAACCAGGAGUAUAAAAUGUAAACAUAAAGAAAAGGUUGCUGGGUUGGAGCCUUCUCUUGCAGAAGAGGAGGGUGGUGUGAAUCGCUGUUCUUCAGAUACCAAAGGUUUCUCUGGCCUUUCAAGAGAUUCUCUUCAGAGAAGUGGAAAAGUUGAUGGUCAGAAACUGUUAAACAACAUGCAUGAGAAACCCAGGGAUUCUGCUGAAAUCGAAACAGCCGUGGUGAAGCACGUUCUGUCGGAGCUGAAGGAACUGUCGUAUCGGUCCAUGAACGAUGAUGCCAGUGACUCUGGCACUCCAAAGGCCACAGUACCUUUGCUUUUCUCUUCUGCUUCUGGUCAUGGUCGUUUGCCUAUUGAACCAGAUUACAAAUUCAGCACCUUGUUAAUGAUGUUGAAGGAUAUGCAUGACAGUAAGACAAAAGAGCAGCAACUGAUGACUGGUCAAAAUAUAAUCCCAUUUCGAAAUACCAGCACAGGUGAUGGUUCUGGAAGCAAUUCUGCAAGUGGUCUCAAGUCUUUGUCUAUUGUAGGUCCCCCAUAUAAAAUAGAAAAAAAUGGAGAUUGUGUCCAGGAAACAGUAACUCCAAACUCUGCUAUAAGCAACUCCUCAUUUUCACGCAGUCCUCCAACCAAGUUGACAGGGAUUGGUACUGGUAAAAGGGAGCCUGCGAGUGCUGCUGUUUCUGGGACAAACGGCACAAAUUGCAUGUCCAAACGCAACUGUUCAAAAUCUAAGCAGUCAUCAAAGCUUGGAGAUAAAACAGUUUCAAACAGAAAGGACUUAAAACCAGGAGGGCCAAGUAAGUUGCUAAGUCGGUUACCCAGAGAUUCAGGAGAACAUGCAUUCCGUGGGCACAGUUCGGUUACCAGUCCUCUAGGGAAUGAGGCAGAAGAUACUGAGAGGAAAGAGUGUAUUGAUUUAACAGAGCAUUCAACUGAUGAAGACUCUGCCUGUUUAUCUGAUGACAAUUUAGGUCGUAUUGGAAGGAGACCUGAAGCUGGUAGAAAUAAUGAGAGCUGCAAUUCUGCUGAAAAUGGGGAGAGUCCAGACUUGGAUUCAGAGGCAAAUAGUGAGAGCUCUCUUGGUGAUGAGUCUAAUGAUAUCAAUCACGUAGCACCCAAAAAGCGAUGGCAGCGUUUUAACCAAAGCAGUGCUAGAUCUAAUAAGCACAUCAGUAGAUCUAGGGAACAAGGAAACUUGGAGAGUGCCUUUGGCCUGAAUUCUCGUGGCUUUUCACUGAAGGGAAAUGAGUGCUUGGGACGUAGGCAUUCCCCUCAUUCAAAGGUGCUUGAGGGAGACUUGGCAGUUCAGGACUUUGAGAAUCGUUUAGACUUAGUUGAUAAACGUUUGAAUGUAUGUGGUAAGCCAAACACCAGUGUGAUGGACUCAGAAACAGAGCUUGGCAACUUUGCUCCCCAGUCUGAAUUCUCUGCACAAGCACAUUCAGAGAGGAAGCGCCUUAGAAAGCCAAGUAAACGGCUUCUGGAAUAUGCAGAAGAAUAUGAUCACUUGUUUGCACCCAAGAAAAAAUCAAAGAAGGGCCAGGAGCAAUUACAAAAGGUGAAUUCUGUGGCGAGGUCUGAAUUUGAAGGAGGCGUUCCUGCACAAUGCAGUCCUGACAGAGAUACCCAGCGGGGGCCAAGUUCUUUGGUUUCAACUCCAUCUUCAACCAAAGAGUCCCCUCCCGUCCUAGAAGCAGAAACUAGCAGAUCCUGUUUCUCAGAACUAGGAUCCCACUCCACUGAUCCCCCUAGUCAAGCUCAAGGAGGAUCUUCAGAUUUUCCAGAGGUGGUGGUUCUGUCUUCCUCAGAUGUUUCUGAAGUUUCUGCUUCUCCAGAUGCGGAAGAGGGAUUCCUGAAAUCAGGAAACUUCGAAAGCAAGCGUCAAAGGAAACCCACUAAAAAGCUCUUGGAAUCCAAUGACUUGGACACUGCCUUUAUGCCAAAGAAGGAGGAAUGGACUCCCCAAAAGAAGGGUACUGGCCCUUCAGAGAGUGACAGCUCUGAGCUCUACUCACCAGCCCACUUCCAGGACCUGGGAGAAGCUUCUGAAAAGCUCUUGGAGAAACAGCGAAAGCGGAAGAGACAGCGCCAUACCUCUGCUGCAGUCCAUUCCAAGAAGGAGAAAAAUGAGGAGGGGCUGGGGGAGACCCCACACUCUGAGGGGGAGACAUCGGUUCAUGGGACUGCUGCAAGCCCCAAAGAGGGUCAUGAGGAGGGGUCAGAGAAUGACCAUGGAGUGCCUUCGUCCAAAAAGAUGCAGGGGGAGCGUGGAGGAGGAGCAGCUCUCAAGGAGAAUGUGUGUCAGAUCUGUGAGAAGCCAGGGGAGUUGUUGCUGUGUGAGGCGCAGUGCUGUGGUGCUUUCCACCUGCAGUGCCUUGGGCUCUCCGAGAUGCCGAAGGGCAAAUUCAUCUGCAAUGAGUGUUCCACAGGGGUCCACACCUGCUUUGUGUGCAAGAGCUGCGGGGAGGACGUGAAGCGGUGCUUGCUGCCCCUCUGUGGGAAGUAUUACCACGAAGCCUGCAUACAGAAAUACCCACCCACAGUCAUGCAGAACAAGGGCUUCCGCUGCUCCCUGCACAUCUGCAUGACCUGCCAUGCUGCUAACCCAGCAAACAUCUCUGCCUCCAAAGGUCGCCUGAUGCGCUGCGUGCGGUGUCCGGUCGCGUAUCACUCCAACGACUUCUGCCUGGCCGCCGGCUCCGUGGUCCUGGCCUCCAACAGCAUCAUCUGCCCCAACCACUUCACGGCGCGCCGGGGCUGCCGCAACCACGAGCACGUCAACGUCAGCUGGUGCUUUGUCUGCUCGGAAGGGGGCAGCCUUUUAUGCUGCGAGUCAUGCCCGGCUGCGUUUCACCGUGAGUGUCUAAACAUUGAGAUGCCAGAGGGAAGCUGGUAUUGUAAUGAUUGCAAGGCAGGCAAAAAGCCACACUACAAAGAAGUAGUCUGGGUGAAAGUUGGGCGCUACAGGUGGUGGCCAGCUGAGAUUUGCCAUCCUAGGACAAUUCCUGUCAACAUCCAGAAAAUGAAACAUGACAUCGGUGAGUUCCCUGUGCUGUUCUUUGGCUCCAAGGACUACCUGUGGACCCACCAGGCUCGUGUGUUCCCUUACAUGGAAGGUGAUGUCAGCAGCAAAGACAAGAUGGGAAAGGGCGUGGAUGGCAUAUACAAGAAAGCUCUUCAGGAAGCUGCUGUGAGAUUUGAAGAAUUGAAAGCACAGAAAGAACUGAGACAACUUCAGGAAGACAAAAAGAAUGACAAGAAACCUCCUCCCUACAAACACAUCAAGGUGAACCGGCCGGUGGGGAAGGUGCAGAUCUUCACGGCAGACCUGUCCGAGAUUCCGCGCUGCAACUGCAAACCCACGGACGAGAACCCCUGCGGCCUGGACUCGGAGUGCAUCAACCGCAUGCUGCUCUACGAGUGCCACCCCCUGGUGUGUCCUGCUGGAGAGCGCUGCCAGAACCAGUGCUUCUCCAAGCGCCAGUACCCCGAGGUCCAGAUCUUCCGCACGCUGGCACGAGGCUGGGGCUUGCAGGCCAAGACAGACAUCAGGAAGGGUGAAUUUGUUAAUGAGUAUGUUGGGGAGCUCAUUGACGAAGAGGAGUGCCGGGCCCGAAUCCGCUAUGCUCAGGAGCACGACAUCACCAAUUUCUACAUGUUGACACUGGAUAAGGAUCGAAUCAUUGACGCUGGGCCAAAGGGCAACUAUGCUCGGUUCAUGAACCAUUGCUGCCAGCCCAACUGUGAGACUCAGAAGUGGUGUGUGAAUGGUGACACUCGGGUCGGGCUCUUCGCACUUGUAAAUAUCAAAGCUGGGACUGAGCUGACUUUCAACUACAAUCUGGAGUGUUUGGGAAAUGGAAAGACCGUUUGUAAAUGUGGUGCCCCAAACUGCAGUGGCUUCCUAGGAGUAAGGCCAAAGAGCCAGCCCAGUCUCAGCGAGGAGAAGUCCAAGAAGCUGAAGAGGCGGCCGCAGAUGAAGCGCAGGUCGCAGGCGGAGGUGAUGAAGGAGCGGGAGGACGAGUGCUUCAGCUGCGGGGACGGCGGGCAGCUGGUCUCUUGUAAGAAGUCAGGCUGCCCCAAGGUGUACCACGCUGACUGCCUCAACCUGACCAAGAGACCUGCAGGAAAGUGGGAGUGCCCGUGGCAUCAGUGUGACGUGUGUGGUAAGGAAGCAGCUUCGUUCUGCGAGAUGUGCCCCAGGUCCUUCUGCAAGCAGCACCGGGAAGGAAUGCUCUUCAUCUCCAAGCUGGAUGGACGAUUGUGCUGCACAGAACAUGAUCCCUGUGGGCCUCACCCUCUAGAGCCAGGAGAAAUUCGUGAGUAUGCACCUCCCAUAGAAGGCCUGACUAACGGUGAGGACACCCAGCCACCAGAGCAGCUGCCUGCAGAAACAGAGGCAGACACAGACCUGAGUGUUCAGCCCCUGGACAGCCUACCUCAGUCUGUGGCCCUCAGACUGCAGUCACCAGAAAAGCCCCCUGCUACCCUAGCGCUGAGGCUGCCUUCUUCAGACAAGCCCCCCACCACCCUUGCCCUGAGGUUGCAGCCAUCAAACAAGCCCCCCACCACCCUGGCCCUCAGGCUACCUUCACCAGACAAACCACCUGCCACCCUGGCUCUGAGACUGCCACCGUCAAAUAAACCCCCCGCCACCUUGUCACUGAGGCUGAAGCCAUCCAACAAACCCUCCACCACCCUCUCGCUGCGGCUUCAGCCUUCGGACAAACCUCCCACCACCCUGUCGCUCCGCCUGCAGCCAUCAGACAAGCCCCAGGCUGCCCUGUCCCUGAGGCUGCAGUCAGAGAAGCAGCCCAUCAUUGUAGCGCUGCGGCCUCAGCAGCCCGACAAACCUCCCAGCAACGCGGUGCUCUGGCCGCUGGACGAGGCCUCCAGCGACGCCUCGCAGCCUCAGCUGCCGAGCAAAUCUCCCCCAGGAUCACCUCAGUCCCCAUUGGAUGAGUCACUUGUUACUGCUGCUGACCUGCAGCUCCAGCUGGCAGAUGAGACUCCUGAUGCCCCCGAGGUUUUGGAGUUAUCGGACAAGCCCCUCAUUGACAGCAGGGCCCAGCAGCCCGAGCUGCUGGAUGAGUUCCCCGUGAAAUGCCUGCAUCCUCCACUGUCUGACAGACUCCUCGCCACGGUGGGGAUGCUGCAGUCCCAGCCGGAGGAUGAGCCUCCUGAGGCCGAUCAGCUCCAGCCGCUGGACGACUCCUCUGCCCAGAGUCCGCAGCUGCAGGCUGUGCAAGAGGCUUCCAGCUCUGUGGUGCCGCAGGUCCCAGCGUUGGAGAUGGCUUCCAGUCCUGAGGUGCUGUGGUCUGUUUCCGUUGAAAAAGUUCCAGACUCCCCAGUCUCACGAGUCCUGCCCUCAGAGAAGGCUCCUGGAUCAGCAGUACCACAAUCCCCGCCUCUAGAAAAGGCUUCCUUCUCUGGCACAGUGCGGGUCUCAGACACAGAGAAGUCUCCCAGCUCUGGGUCACCCCGUCCCCUGCCUCCAGAGAAGGCUGCUGAUUCGGGUAUGCCUCAGAUCCUGCCCACAGAGAAGGCUCCCAGCUCAGGGUUGCCAUGGUCCCUGUCUCCGGAGAAGGCCCCUGGCUCCCGGUCACCGCAGGUCCUGCCCACAGAGAAGGGUCUCAGCUCAGGGGCCCUUCGGAUCCCGCUCACACAGAAGUCUCUCUCCCCUGGGGUGCUGCGACCCCUUCCUCCGGAGAAGGCUGCUGACUCCGGGGCCCUGCGGGUUCUUCCUUUGGAAAAGGCUCUCAGCUCUGGGGUGUCUCGGUCUCAGCUCUUGGAGAGGCCUCUCACUCUUACAGCCCCUGUAUCCUGGCCUCAGGCAUCGGAUAAGCUGGCUCCUGCUGUGGCUCCUCGGCCUCAAGCCUUAGACAAGCCUCUAGCUGCAUCAGCUCCCAGGCUGUUGCUGUCAGAGAAGGCGCUGCGUCCCGUCGACCAGAACGCUCAGCUCAAGGAGAGAGGAGCCCCAGCCAUGGAGCUGAGUCCCCAGCAGAAAGAGAGGACCAUGUUAGCUGGGGAGCAAAUCUCUUGGUCUGCUGGGAAGGUGGUGACACAGGUUGGACAAGUACCUUGGCCUACAGAGAAACUACAGACGCACGAGCAAAGCCACUGGUCCACCACGAAAACCCUGACGCCUGCGGAGCAGCCUUCCCGGACAGCAGAGAAACUACCAGAGCCAACCCUUCAGCCCAGCUGGGAAGUGGCCUCAGCCCCCUCGGAGCAGACCCCGUGGACAUCAGAGAGAUUGUGUGCAUUCGAGCAGACCCCUCGGCCAGCCAGGGAAGCGCCGGUGCCCCCGGAGCAGAUGGAGUGGCUUGUCACGAACGUUCAGACAAUUGAUCAGAUUACUUGGCUGAGUGGAAAAGCACAGACUCCUCGGGGGCAGGACCCUUUGCCUGAACAAAACACAGCGCUAGCCCGUAACCAGGAUUCUGUCUGUCGUGAGUUGGCUGACUCAGAGCCAAAGUGAGGUUGGUGAAUAUGGGAGGCAGGUCUCAAGUCGUUUAAUGUUUAGGGAGGGGGAAUCUUUGUUUUGUUUUUUUUAUUCACUUCCCUGAGCCCAGCCCCUAACCCAUGCACAUCCCAUCCAUAUUCUCUUGUGACGUGAGCAAGGACAUUCUCUUAAAUCUUGAGUCUGGCCCAGCCAGAGGGAGAGAGCAUCCGUGACCUUUUCCUCUUCCUUUUACAAAUGGUAAAGCUGAAAUAAAGAGUCCACUCUGGGUAAAAAUCUCCAAUUCCAUUGAAAUGGUCACAUUACUGAUCCAGCAUGUUCAAGCUCCAGGUUUGAUUUGUAGGUGAGUUCUUAGGCACAGCCAGGGCCUUGCUCUUGUUACUGCAUUUAAAGAAAAUGGAUCAGUCAGGCUGCCCUGCCACUGGAGAUGUUUCAGGGAUCAUGUGGUGAGCAGUCAGGUGUAUGUCCUUACCAGACUCCAGAAGCAGGGAAGGGAUUUUAUGUCACCUGCCCAGGUCUGUGUCCCUGCAGGGCGUUGCUUUACGAGGUUUGUCCAUGUGUUUACUGGGACAUGCUGUGUGUGUGGUUUGCUCAAGGACAGGGAUCAUCUCCAGUGAGAUGGGAGAGGAGCUCCUGCACUCGCUCUGUGCAGUUUUCUUCAGCAAUAGGCAGUAUCCAUUCAGGCUCCUUUUUUACAGAGCUGCGACUGGCCAGGCCCAAGAAGCAGGAAAUCUGGAGGAAGUCAGGGAAAAGAGAGAUCUUGGAAGAAGUCAUCUGGGAGAUUUUUCAUUCUUGUGUCCUAAUCCUUUAGCACAGGAUGCGCGGAGUGUUUUCCUGCACUUGACAACGUAGUGACCCAUAAAGCAGCAGUAGCGGAGCAGAGCAGAGUGGGUUCCUGGAGGUGCUGAGCACUGCCCUGCCAGGGGGACAGUGCUCCCUUUCAAAUUUCCAUCCAGUCUCUUCUAGACCUCUGUUGUCAGCGUGAGCCAGCGGACUGAGCAGUCCCUUCUCCCUUUGCCUCAGAUGUGUUCAGGACGCGUUCCCAUCGCACCUGGUAUUGCCAGCAGCAAGCCAAGCCUGUCCUGCUCACUGCUCAGAGGCGAGGGUGGCGUAGCUGGAUCGGGACCCAUCUCAACACCUUCCCCUUUGUGUAGCUUCUGGCUUAACCCUUCUACAACCAAAGGAGACUUGAAUUAACUGGACUGUGUUGGUGUGCAUGUGUGUGUGCGCGUGUGCGUCCAUCCAACUGAAUUGUAGUUCUCACACUGGAACACGGUGGGCUCCAGCAGCUGCCUGGCUUUCUUUUUUUCUCUUCUCCCUUUUACAGUGAAGGCGAUGUUUAGUACCUGGUGGUCAUCGGGCUGGUGUCCAGACUAGGCCUGCUGAAAGCCGUUCACUCAAGCGUUGAGGCAGAAGUUGGUUUGGCUGUGGUGCUCGUGGGGCAGGCAGUAGAGUCCCAGGGACCUGCAGCAUCUUGUGACCACCGGCACCCUCGCAGGCAGGAGGAGGACAGACCUCCUUUGGUGGCACUGCCUGGCCUGGAUAGGGUUGGUGUCCUGCCGAGGAAACGCUGCUGACCAGCUUUUUCCCACUCUCACAACACAUUACCUCUGUAAUUACCUGAGCUCCACCAGUCUGGGGCCACAGCCUCGGAUCUCCGUGCCGCCGCCAGACCCUUGCGCAGCUCCAGUGUGUGUAUCCUUCUCCUUCUCCUUCCAGGCAGAUCCACAGGCCCCUCCCCAGGAAGGGAGAGUUCAGCCCCAUGCUGACCUCCUUCCUCCAACAUGGGAGCAGGUCCUUGUUCCCACCUGGCUUGCGAGUGCCUGCUGCUCCCAGAGCAGACGGUCUUGAGCUUUGCAGUUUUCUAUGAAGGGAGGCAGACACCUGUACCAAGACAAAUCCUGAUUCUCCUUUCCUGAUGUGUGCACCCUGAGACAACGUCCUGCUGUAGAGGCCGGGUGUGCUGGGCACAAGGGGACAUUACCAGUGCUAUCUCUCCUCUAGUCCGAAUCAUUUCAGAUCCUUUGUAGAAUAGCUCACAACUUGGAAAAGCUUUAUGGCUUAUGGAAACUUUCUUGUUUAAUGUUGUUUUUUUUCUGGGAAGACUGGCAGGUCAGUUCCUGCUUGCUGCUGAAACUAAGGAAAUGCAAGCAGCUUGCAUUUCUGCGUGACUCCUCCACAAAGGGAAUCAGGACAACUCAGAUCCAUUGAGAGAGAAGAUUACCUUAAGGGCAUUCAUUAAGGUUUUUUAAACAAAAAUUUAAAAAAUAAUUAUGGCGUUCAGUAUAUUAAGUAUUUAUCAUGUGUGAGAAGGAAAAUAAAUCUUGAAUUUACAUUUAUAAGCCUUCCCAUGAGCUGGACUUAGUCAUGUAGAUUGUGUAAGUAGGGUUUCCUCAGUGCCAGCACCCAGCUAGCUCCCACUGUAACCAGAGAGGUCUCUGCACUGCUCUGUCCACCUCUGCUUCGCAUUGUCACGUGUUAACUAGUUACUUGUUUCAUGAAAAAAUAAACUGUGAAUAUUUUUGGUG